UUAGAGUAGCCGAUUUCUUGAUGAAGAUUGCGUCCAAAAAUGCGAGAAAAUAAAGUUAUGAGUAAUGGUUGCAGCUUUUUUUCUAUUCACGCGCAUUUAGGAGUAUUAUUAACAUAAACAAAUGUUAUGUUGGCGCUAAAUUAUUAUCUGAGGCGCCAGACAGAAAUACAUCGUCUACCAUGAAAUAAGUGAUUUCACAAAAUAUAUUGUGAUUAAUUUUAUACAAGCGGACAUAGUGUGUACCCUGAUGUAAUUACGCUGAUGUAAUAACAUAACGAAAGAUUCGAAUAAAUGUGCUGGAUAAUUAGCUCAAUCCGACAAAAGAUUUUCAACUGGGCCGAAUAAGGUUAACCUAUAGAACAUUGCACUCAGCAGGAUUACUAAACGGAUUAAAUGAAUUAAAUACUACCUGGAUGUGUCAAUUCAUUAGGUAAAUAAAGUGAAGUACGAUUAUCGGAUUUGAAAUGUGGCAAGUUCCAAUGAAAUAAAAUGAAUCGAUUAACUAUGUUCGUAAUAUUUAGCGUCUGCCACAUGUAACAAUGCAUAAGGUUAGUUUCCCGCCCUUGAGCAGUGGCAUUCAAGUGUCGGUCGCUGCCAGGGAACCCCCGGAACGAAGCUGGUCUCGAUACAAGAAGGUGCUCAUUGACAACCCAAAGGACUCUAAUCUGCUUCAAAGACAGAAACUGUGGAACUUCCAAAAACUAAAUCGUGGCGCUUUUCGUUCCCAACUCGCCUCGCUACCCGAUAUACCAUAUCGUGUGCACACGGGUACAGUUGAAAAGGUUAGUGUUGGUGUGCAGGCGGAUUUAAGCAACAGAUUCAGUCAAGGACUUAAGAUUAUAUUUCCAAACCUGACGUCACAGAGCGCGAAAAUAUUUGAAUCCACUUCCGGUGACGAGGAUGCAGACGACAUUUUUAACAGUGAUCAGAGACACAAAGGUUGCUCGCCCAUGAAAAUCAAUGAGGAUGGAUAUUCGGAUGACUUUGAAGACGACAGUGACAUUGAGGACCCAGGUUUUGAAUUUGAAACAGUGGUUCGAAAACAAAACGCGGGAACAAUGACUUAUACUAACCACAGAGGGGAUCAGCAGAAGCGUAAAGAGAAAAGAAAGAGAACAGUGCGUGAAAGAAAUGCUGCUGCAAAGCAGCGGUCUUCAAUAUUGAGAACGGGAAAAACGCCGUCAAGCGGCAGGAAAAAUGUAAAAUUCUCCCCAAAAUCAAGAACGGCAGAAGAUAACAAACGAAAUGUAUAUGAAAAUUCUAGUUCGCCUGAAACGGACAUAGAUUUAUCGGAUCCAGAUGUUCCAUCAGGCGAAGAAGAGGAGGAGCCGACAGUAAUUCAAAAAAUAGAAAUAACAAACAUUGAGCGAGACCACACGAUCUCGCCUAUACCCUCUUUCUCCUCCGGAAGUAGUCAAUUGCCAGACCUAAAACUAAAUAUCGGUCAUACUAGUCAUUUAUCGUUAGAUAAUGUAUCGAUCUUGGAUUAUAUUUCUGGAAACAGAACGGACCGUUCCCACCGAGGCAAUAGUAGGAAAGCCUUUACCUCACGUGAACAAGUAAACAGCAAGCGACAGGUGGAGGACGCAAUGGCGGACAGGGAGUGGUUUGAAAAACUAGUUGGGGAUAAGGACAUAAUUGACACGGGAAUGUACAAUAACUUUGCAAGGGUUCGACCAGCGCUUGAGCAAAGCGGGCACUCGGAUUCGAACAAUGAUAGGUCUACUGACUUUAUAAAAGGAACGCCACGAAAGAAUUUUACGCCGCGAUCAAAUAACGAUUUCUCAGUGUACAAACAAGCACAGCCAAAAGCAGGGCAACAAAAAGCGACACCCAACUCCACUGCAAAUGUAAAUAGGAUUAAACCCGCAAGAAAGAGUAUGAUUGGCAUUGGGAAAUUCUAUUGAACGAUAACGCGUUUUGUGUAUCUUUUGAUUAUAUUUAACUGAUUUAUGAAACAGAACUAGUGUUACAUAUGAAAAGAACAAAUUCCUAACAACCAUGUUGACGCAAUGCCUAGUUGCUUCGUCUCCUUGAGAUUUGUUAGUAUUGGCAAGUCUCUCUAAGAAUCUCAUUUUGUCCUGCGAACCAUGGUGUUUUGUGUGCUGAUGUUGCUUUUAUAAAAAGAACGUUUUAUGGAGCGUCGAGGUGACCUAUUUUCUAUUCGUAUUCAAGUGACCAAGGUAUUUUAUCAUGUCAUUCAAUGAUUAUGAAUAAUAACCAUUUGUGAAUUAUGGUCCAUUUGUACUCGUUUGUGUGUGAGAUUUAUUUUGUAUAGUGCCAAUCCGCAAUUUUCUAUAAUUUACAGAAGUUUGGUAAACGAUGUUAAUAAAAUCAAUUGUACAGACUCAUCACAGUGAUCUCCCCUCAAACAUGGCAGUCUGGGUUACCUCCCAAUUACCUUGAUGUUUCUUUUCUGUAUUACUCGGGAACUAAUCGAUCAUCUGCAAUCGCAAUUGUCUGGAGUACUUAAUUGAUUCAGCCUUGUGCGUGGAAGGACUUUGACAUUGAAACACACACGCGGCAGCUGCACAUCAUUUCUGUGCAUCUUAUAAUUACAGGCAUUUUGUUCAACAAUUUCUUUCCAGGGGUCGUAUUCCAGAAGCAUCUUAAGUUAAAUUUUAUUCCUGUCCUUAAAUUGGGAAAUUUUCUUCAGUGUUUGAUUUCCUAUUGCAAUAGUUUGGCAUCAAUAAUUACAACAAAAUAACAUCAUUAUGU